CAAACGGAAGCACAAGGGCCAGACGUUCCAUUCCAGCCAGUGCCUCUUCCUCAGACUAUUUCAACGCAGCAACCGCCUAGAUUGUUCUCCGGGUGGAGGUAGGCCCUAAAAAGCGGGGCACUUCGUAGCCGCAAGCAUUCUUCCUUCCUUCUCCAUUCCAUCGGUGACCAUGGAUUGAAGACAUUGAUCGGCUUCUCUGGAGGUGCGUGUGAGCAGCUCGGAGGUCAGCCGCCGAGAAGAGCUCAUAGGCAAUGGCAACCGCAAGGAAGGAUCCUCAGCAGGUUGAUAAAGUCAACCUGAAACCCAGCGAGUCUGGCAAAGGGGUAGUACGGCGUGCAAGGUCUGUCCCGACCUCUCCGGAUCGCAGAUCGUCCCCAUCCCCGGCCCCAGUCUCAGACAACGCCAGCCGACCGGCAUCAUCACUCAACACUCGCACGACCUCGUCCCGGUCCACAACAACAUCUAGCUCGGCGGCCUCUUCAAGCCACGGGAAGACGAUGCGCUCCGCUUCGUCGUCCGUGGGUGGUGCAAGUGCAAGCGCAAGGCAGACAAACGCGGCGAGAAGGAGAGCAGAGAAGCCCGGUGCCACAUCCGUGUGGCCUGCGGCCGGCGGCGCGGUUACGAACGCCUCGUCGUCUAAGGAUGUGGCCAGCAGGGCAGCAAAAUCGCCAUCCACCGCCGCGCAGAAGACGAGGCCUGCUGGUGUCGAGAAGGCAGCAGCGUCUUCUUCUGUAAAGCUGAAGACGAAGCCUCAGAAAACAACGGCAGGAGCUGGAAAAACUCAAGCUGCACCUCCCGCCCGUGCUCCUCCUGGCACGGUAAUAGCAAAGAAGAGUACGGGAGCCGAGAACUAUGUCCCCAUCCAGAGGACGACGAGCGUGCCGGCGGCGAGACCAACAGAGACGCUCAAGAACGAGGAACAGGAGGUCGACGAGCUGCUGAUGCAGUUCGACGAGAAGGAGAGCAUAAGCACCUCCUCCAUUGAGGAGCACCUGCAAGAACGGCUCCCUGACCCUGUCGAUCUGAAAUCCGUGGAUCUCGACAGCAGCAAGACGACGUCCUCCUCCUCCAGUCAGGAGGAGUGCAAGGAUCAAGAAGAGAACACGGGGGACAUUCUGGAGGAGAAGCGUGACGGGAAGGACAGCGAAGACCUGAGCAGCACAGGCGACAAGGCUUGUGUCGGGCUCGGGAGCAGUGAUAUAAACAUCCCGAUGGAAGAAGCGGUUGAUGAACCUGUUAAACCGGCGGAAGCUGUGGACGAAGCUGGGCUGAAGAGAGAUGUCUGCUGUUCACCAGCUGAGCCAAACGAAGCCGUUGGUCAGAACGAGCUCAAUGAGGCUGCUGUCGUCGGUGAAACGACGACUGAACCGAAGGAGGCUGAGGAUGAAGCCAAGAUAAUAAAGCAAGUCGACUGCGAAACUGCAUCAAAAGAAGUUGCUAGUACUGGGGCCGAGUCAAGGGACGAUGCCGCUACUAUGGAACGCGAGCCGCUGGUAGUAGCAGCAGCAGCAGCAGCAGCACCACAAGAAGAGAAGGCCAAAGCUGAGGAGAAGACGACGCAGCCAACUAAGGCCGUGGAAUCUGCCAAGUGGAGGACGAAGGAUGAAGGGAGGAGCAACGAAGCCACAGAGGAGGGCAGGGGCAAGUCUACCACUACUGCUGCCACCCAGGAGAGGAAGAACAAGGUGAUGGCCUUGGUUGGGAGGUUUGAGACUGCCAUGUCUGGCUGAGAAGAGAUCAGAACGAGGUGAUGUCAAAAGACUGCUCUGGCUCAUGAAAAUGUGUACGAGUACUACUCAACUGUGCAGGCGUGGAGGGUUCGUAUGUUUCGUUUCAUUAAUUAAUGUGGCUGUUGUUGUUCUGGAAGCGAGUGAAGAUUGCUGAUGCAUAUUGAUGGCGCUUCUCCUGUUUCUCUUUUUAAUGAAGUGACUCUCCUGCAUGGUCCUGUCACUUGUCCAA